AUGGCGUCUAGUGUCAGACUGGUGGGGCACAUGCACUCGAGGACUCCAAGCGAUCUCACAAAGCCUCCAGAUCCCAGCAGGAGAGGGCCCCGCCAGAAUCCACACUCCGGCGCAUCUGAAGCCCCGGAAAAACCAAAGCACGACGGCGACAUGGCGACCAUGAAGGACACGCAUCUCAGGACGAAUCACCACUCGCAAAAGAGCGGACAAGGCAUAGUCCGGACGCCCUGCGCCCACGGAACAUGGCCGCCUGUCUUCACCCCCUCCCCCGACUGCGCCACAGCAGACGUCAAGACGAGAGAUUCGCUCGAAACCUCAAAGGAACAGGCGCCGUUGCCGUGCCCGAAGCCGGUUCAUGACACAAUGAAAUCCAGGGUACCAAAGUUACGUGCGGUUGACGUCGGGUCCAGCGUCGGGCGUCAACACGAGGGUGUGGCAGCCGAGGUGCCCGUGAUGCUCCGGGGCGGACGGGCAGACCCCACUCGGACGCCAGCCUCGAGGUCCCAGAGACGAGAGGACAGCCGACAUGACGGCAUGCAGCGAUGGCGGCAUAUGGUGGAGAGGCAUCGAAAGACUGGGGUUGAUGAGUUGGUGUUGAGGAAACAGAAACUGAUGCAUCGAAGCAUCGUCAUGCCGCUGGCGAGAAAGAGCAGACGAACUGGCGAGUGUGGUGGCUGA